AUGAAUAGGGGUGGCAAUGGGGCGGGGUCGGUUUUGCAUUACUCAUUUCGUCUCCAACACUUGCAGAGAGGUCACGUGCUAUCACAUCCAAUUCAUCAAGGAAGAAUCAUAGAGAGUAAGAGCGAAAGUCACGUGCCUAAAAAUGGCGGCCUCAUCGCCAGCCGUGACAAAAAGCAUCAGCGAAACAACCUCCAUUUCUACCAAGUCGACGCCGAUAGCGACAGCUGCUACGGCGACACAGCGGGUCUUAAUAAGCCCAAAUGUAUUCAGUGCGGCAACGUUGCCCGCUCCAGGUGUCCGUUUCGCUCAUGCAAGAGUUGUUGCUCAAAAGCCCAAAAUCCAUGCCAUAUACAUGUUCUAAAGUCAAAUUCAGCUUUUCCAGACAAGUCAAAGACUUCAAGCACUCCAUCAUCAGACCAGAAAUCAACUCAGUCUUCUUCUCAAGUGACUUCCUUAAGGGUUCCCUCGUAUCGUCAACUUUCCAAUGCUUUUGCACAGUUUGACAAUCUGCUGGUUCGCACAAAGAAACACGUGACCAGAAAGGAUGCUAUUGCCUUGAAUGAGUGGAGGUUUUCCAAGUUAAAGGAAUUCAAGGACAGAAAUAUUGAAAUCGAAAACAAUGCUUUUGACCGGUACAUGCAGAAUAUUAGUUUACUUGAGGAAGUCUUUUCUACAGAAACAGUGGAUGAAGGGUCUGAACUUAGCCCCACUUCACAGGAAGGUGAGACUUUGGUGAUGACUUCAGGUAUGAAGUUGAGACUAAGAUUGAAUCCUGUGAGAACUAAUAAUGCCAGAAAGAGGAUACAGCAAAUUGUUGAUCAGGGAAUACAAAAGCUUCAGAAAAGUGAACCUAAUGAUGGUUCUACUGAUCCAAACGACCAAAAUAAACUCGAUAAUAUGUUGAAAAGGGAAAAAUCCUUGUGGGUUGAGAGGUCUUCAAGGUUAAGCAAUAUUGUCAACAAGUUGAACAAAGCUCGAAAUGAAGAGGAUAUAGAAUCUUGUCUAGAGAUGAAAGCGCAACUUUACAAUCAAACCACAAUGUCUACUCCAACAGAAAUUAAAGAUGUUGAAGCAUUGAAUGAGCAGGGUCCAAAGAACAAUGCAACUCCAGGACAGGUAGCUAAUUAUCCAAGGCGAAAAUUGUUUACACCAAUUGAAAUUGAUCAAGAAACUCUCAACAAAGUUGAUGCACAUUUCUCUUCCCUGGAGCAGAUUGAAGACUUAUAACUGUAAGCAGUAUAUUCUCUCAAAGACGGAUUAGUCUUAGGUUAACCGUUGAGUUAUGAUUCGUGGUGAUGUCUGAAUUUUGCUCCCAUCUUUA